CCCGCCCCUCAGCCUACGUCACCCGGGCUCCGCAUCUGCUGCAGUCGCUGCGGGGAGGAGGCGGCGGCGCGAGCGCGGCAGAGAUGGCGUCCGCUACCGACUCCCGCUAUGGGCAGAAGGAAUCCUCGGACCAGAACUUCGAUUACAUGUUCAAGAUCCUGAUCAUCGGCAACAGCAGCGUGGGGAAAACCUCCUUCCUGUUCCGGUACGCCGACGACUCCUUCACGCCCGCCUUCGUCAGCACCGUCGGCAUCGACUUCAAGGUCAAGACCAUCUACAGGAACGACAAACGCAUCAAGCUGCAGAUCUGGGUGAGGAGGGAGAGCCUCGGGGUGCCCCCAGAACCCCCCUGCUCUGGGACCCCCUGUCCUGGCACCUGGAGANACGCCCAGGUGCUGCUGGUGGGGAACAAGUGUGACAUGGAGGACGAGCGUGUGGUCUCCUCGGAGAAGGGCCGCCAGCUCGCCGAGCACCUGGGCUUCGAGUUUUUCGAGGCCAGCGCCAAGGACAACAUCAACGUGAAGCAGACCUUCGAGCGGCUGGUGGACAUCAUCUGCGAGAAGAUGUCCGAGUCGCUGGACACGGCCGACCCCGCGGUCACCGGCGCCAAGCAGGGCCCCCAGCUCACGGACCAGCAGGCCCCCCCCCACCAGGACUGUGCCUGCUAGGGGCCAGCCC